AUGGCCCAGAAUUUGGGCAUACCGCAACCGGAACCACCCGCCAUGGUGGCGCCCGUGACCAACACGAAUAGCCUAUAUGAGCGGUUCCAGAGGCAUAGGCCGCCUACCUUUGUUGGCACCCACCACCCUGAGAAAGCAGAAUAUUGGCUCAACCGAGUUACUAAGCUACUACGGCCUCUCCACUGUUCUGAAGCGGAGAAUGUCGAGCUCGUCUCAUAUCUCUUUGAGAAGGAGGUGGACUUGUGGUGGGAGAGUGUCCUCCGAUCCAUUCCUGAGAACCACAUGUGGACGUGGGAGGCAUUCGAGGCCCACUUUAAUAAGAAGUAUAUCCCUCAAUUGUAUCCGCAUGAGAGGGAGAAUGAAUUUCUCCGCCUCCAACAAGGGAGGAUGAGCGUGACUCAAUAUGAGAACUGCUUUACGGAACUCUCCCUCCACGCCUUCGAGAUGAUGAUCACCAACGAAGCGAUUAAGAUGAGACGGUUCACGGCAGGGUUAAAGAGCGGCAUCCGCUCGAAGACGUGUUGUACAAACCUCAAGACCUACGCCGAGCUUGUUGAGAUGUCUAUACGGGUGGAACAGGAUGAGGAGCGAGUUGCGCAGACCCGUUCACAGUUGGGGCCCUGGAGUAGGAUAGAGGGAUCGUCCUCUUCUUUUACCAGGAAGCGUCCGUGCCUGAAUUCACCGCCUAGGCUUGUGGUCGCACCGGCUCCUUCUACACGACCUACAUAG